UAGAGAGAGCUGCUGGGAAGGACGCAGUUGCAGCACUGGGAAGUCUUGAGCAGCUGGAGGAAAUAUUUGUGAAGGGUUAGCUACUGGAGGAGGCUGCCCAUGGCUCAGUCUGCUAACACUGUUGACCAGGAUCUGGCCAGCAAGAGGCUACACUCGAGGAUGGAGGCUUCGUGUCUGGAGUUGGCACUGGAGGGAGAGAGGCUGUGUAAGGCGGGGGACUUUAAAGGCGGGACAGCGUUUUUCGAGGCGUCUGUGCAGGUGGGAACAGAAGACCUGAAGACCCUCAGUGCCAUCUACAGCCAGCUGGGCAAUGCCUACUUCUACCUGAAGGAAUACGGCAAGGCCCUGGAGUACCAUAGACACGACCUCACUCUGGCCAGGACAAUAGGGGACAGGAUAGGGGAAGGGAAAGCCAGCGGUAACCUUGGAAACACGCUGAAGGUUUUGGGCCGCUUCGACGAGGCAGCAGUGUGCUGUCAGAGACACCUGGACAUCUCUCAAGAGCAAGGGGACAAGGUGGGAGAGGCCAGGGCUCUGUAUAAUAUAGGGAACGUGUUCCAUGCCAAGGGAAAGCAGCAGUUAUGGGGCUGUACCCAGGACCCUGGGGACCUCCCACCAGACGUCAGAGAUACACUGCAAAGGGCUACUGGCUUCUACGAGUUGAACCUGUGUCUGGUCAAAGAGCUGGGGGACAGAGCCGCUCAGGGGAGAGCCUUCGGUAACCUAGGCAACACCCACUACUUGUUGGGAAAUUUUGUGGAAGCCAUCAAAUUCCACAGACAGAGACUUUCCAUUGCCAAGGAGUUUGGUGACAAAGCAGCAGAACGUAGAGCCUAUAGUAACCUUGGCAAUGCUCUGAUUUUCCUGGGCCAGUUCAACACUGCCACGGAGUACUACAGGAAAACUCUGCAGCUGUCUCGUCAGUUAAAGGACCAGGUGAUGGAGGCCCAGGCGUGUUACAGCCUGGGGAACACCUACACUUUGCUGCAGCAGUACGAGAGAGCCAUAGACUACCAUCUCAAACACCUCCUCAUAGCCCAGGAGCUCACUGACAGGGUUGGAGAGGGCCGUGCCUGCUGGAGUCUGGGAAAUGCCUAUGUGUCUUUAGGGAAUCAUCGCCAGGCCCUGCACUAUGCCCGCAAACACCUGGAUAUCUCCAGAGAGAUUGGGGACAGGAAUGGCGAGUUGACUGCCAGGAUGAAUGUGGAGCAGCUGAUGGAGGCUCUGGGGGUCAACGAGAGUGACCUUUCACCCUGCGGGUCAGAGUUUGAGGUGCAAGGAGCCAGACCCAAAAUGACCAAGAGAAACAGUAUGGACAGUGUCGAACUGUGGAAGUACUCGUCAGAUAAGAAUGGAGACAGCCAGGAAUUGGAUAGUAUAUCUCGGAGAUCCAAGAGUCAGCAGUCUCAGCCAAGUAGAGGGAAGGGCUACCCCGACAGCCAGUCCUCAGAUGAGAGGCAGUGGUUUGACUCCCCUGUGGACGCCGAUGAAAUCACAGUCCAAGUCCCGCCUCCGAAGCUAAGUCGUGACCCCUCUGAUGAGGACUGCUUCUUCGACCUCCUCAGCAAGUUUCAGAGCAGCCGCAUGGACGACCAGCGCUGCCACCUUGACGACCCGAAUGUAGAGAACGGAGAAAACGGCGAGAAUGGAGGGGCUGUCUCUCUUAAUGAAAUGCUAGAUCCAGCGCUCAUCUCCUCGCCCCAGACAGAGGAGCUGUUUGACCUGAUCGUCAGCUCCCAGAGCCGUCGCCUGGAUGACCAGCGGGUCAGCGUCAGCAACCUGCCCGGCCUCAGGAUCACCAAUAACAACCUGGGCCACCUGUGUGUUGACACAGACCCCCAGGAACCCAGCGAUGACUUCUUCAACAUGCUUAUCAAGUGCCAAUCCUCCAGGAUUGAUGACCAGCGGUGCUCCCCACCAGAAGGGGGACCCCGGGCUCCCACGGUGCCUGACGAGGACUUCUUCAGUCUGAUCCAGAGAGCACAGGCCAAGCGCAUGGACGAGCAGCGGGUCCACCUCCCCUCAGAAGAACAGGACGGCCCCGACUCCGACCCAUCCGGGGACUCCAGCUAGGGGCCCAAGCGAUCAGCCCUGGGGGCAGGGUUUGAGAUUGCGACCAUUUGACUUGGCAAUGCAAAACCAAUUUUGAAUUGAUCGCUAGGGUGUCAGUGAAAAUGUUUUGCUUGUCAUCUUAGUUUUUUGUUCACAAUUAGCUUUUUUUCUAUUAUCACGAUUUAUUCUAAUAGCAGUGGGCAGCAACAAUGGGUAUGCAAACAAUGGGUAUGCAAACAAUGGGUAUGCAAACAAUGGGUAUGCGAUGUGCAAUUCGGUCAUCAUCCACUGUUUGAAUGAACGUGUCUAAAGGUUUUCCUAAAACACCUUUCCAAUUAAAUGUUGACUGGAAAGUAGGACUAUCUGACAGAAUGUGGGGCAGCAGGUAGCCUAGUGGUUAGAGCGUUGGACUAGCAACCGAAAGGUUGCAAGAUCAAAUCCCCAAGCUGACAAGGUAAACAUCUGGUGUUCUGCCCCUGAACAAGGCAGUUAACCCACUGUUCCUAGGCCAUCAUUGAAAAUAAGAAUUUGUUCUUAACUGACUUGCCUCGUAAAAAUGAUAUAAUGAUUUGUAUCAAUCGCAGAGAAUUUUUCUGCGAACUCUGUCAGUGUAGCCUACAUUGCACAGUACAAGAACACUGCUAGGCAAUUGAAUUAAAUGCAACUUAAUUCUCCAAUUAUACUUUUUUUUAUUGUUCCCAGACCUUAAAUGUAGUCUCCUGAUGUGGUUUAAGCAUUGUUGUGGACUUAAAACAUCCAAGUUGUUGUAGUUUUCCUAUUAAAAACAGUGUGAUUUUGACAGUGAGAACCUGGAAAAAACAAGGAAAACUAUUAAAUUAAACCGGGAAAAAUGAAUUGACCAAAACUGAUUUUAUAGGGCUCUACACCUGUAGACUGACUGUUCAAAAUCACUAACACUAACCAUGUUUCCUUCCAACCUUUUUAUGUCAGUAAAGUACACGUCGGAUGAGACAUUUCAUGACAGGCCAGAUGUAAACAGCUAAUAUUUGGAAAUAUUAUUUGGAAAGUAACCUUUCCAAAUAUUGACAAAACAAAAUACGCAACACAAGGUGUGAUCUUUUUGUGUCUGUAAAAUUGUGCGAGAAAUGACAGUGGAAACGCCUUUAUGCACAAAUAUUGAUCAUCAUAUCAAAGUAAACUUGGAGUCACGUGGUGAUAUGUUGUGGGUUGCUCCCACUGCGACUUGGGAAACCAUGCAGUUUAUUAGGCUCCAGAUGAAAUAGCUUAUGGGCUGGUGAAAGUGCACAGUAAUGAGCUUGAUGCUCCUAUAUAAUACAUAUUGAGGGUGUUAUUCUGGUGACGUGAUGCUUGGCUGCCAUUUGACUAAUAAUCUGCCAUUUGUCUAUAAUAAUCUCAUCAUGUAGGCUAUACCCGCACUGUUUCUGCAAGCUGUUGGCUAGAGGGCACGAGCCAAGACCAGAGUGGGCACAUUCGCUAUAUAACUCAAAAACAAAAUGUCACAGAACCAUCAGUAGACUUGAAGAUGUGAUGGAAACCCAUUUUUUUUAUUUGGUAACCUCAAAAAUAAUGUGUAUGGGCCGCACACAGCCUUUUAUCCACAUCAAGUCAAUUUGAUGGAAACUCAUCUCUGGUGGGAGAAGUUUUGAGUAUUCGCAUGAAAAUCUGUCGCUAAUUGGAUGGAAACCUAGCUAUUAACACAAUGUUUGAGAUUUUGCAAAGGUUUUAUUUUCCCCUCCAAACAAUCAAUGUUAAUAUGAUGUUGUCACGUUAAAAUUGAAUUAUUUCUGUAUGGAGGGUAGGACAUUAUAAGCUACUUGCUCAGCGUGCAUCAUUGCUCAGCGUGUAUCAUCCGCUUUACCAGGACAGUAUUCUUUUCAUUGGAGCCAGUAGCUCCCAGUUGGCACUGGCCCGGUGUGUCACUGGCAAAUUUACCUGAAUGUCAAGCCCUGCCCAAGGCAUGCUAAUUUACCAGAUGGCUUUUCAUUACUUGCCUGGUUCUGUAUGGAAUGCAGCUACAUUAUAAGUCACAGGUGAGGUCAUUAUCAUGGGGUGUGACCAAAUCAUGUACUGGUGCCAUCAACUGGUCUACAAUCCUGCCUGGGCCACCACUCGAGGAGAUCCUUGAAGGGAUAGGUGUGCAAUAGGUGGCACCCUUUCAGCUGUUGUGAAUCUGUUUAGAUUUGAAAGGUGUACAAAUCCAAAUUCCAGGAGAAAUCUAUGUGAAUUAAGUGUUUUGCUAGAGUUUGAGACGCCAACAAGAUAUUUACUGUACCCCAUCUACUGCCUUAAAUCAGUUUUUUUUUUUUCAAACUCUGAUUGUAUUACUAAGUAUCAGGGGUCUGUGAUUUCAAAGCGUAUAAUGGAGAAGUGUUUGGUUUGAAGGAUGACGAUGAUUGCUGCUGGUGAUUUUUGGUGACAACAGUAUUAGCCAUGUCAAAAUUGCAUUCGGUAUUAGACAACAGCUCAAGAGACUUCAGGAAUAAUUAUAAAACAGCACAGUUAGUCAAGAUCGAGUCAUUAUAGAGUUCAUGUCUUCUGGAGUACAAACAGGUUUAAAACAAAAAAUUAUACAUUUCUCAAAAUAAAUGUUAUGUUCAAGAAUAUAUUGUUUUAGAGAGUUGAAUCAAGCUCAAAUCAAAGUGCAUCUCUUCAUUUAGGCCAUGGAAGUGCCAAUAGUGCAGUAUAUAGGCAGUAUACUGAUUGCAAUCAACAAAUGUCUAAUGGUAACCCCCACAAUGCCAUCAACUUGAUCAACCUUUCUCUGACCAAUGACCUUAGAGCUGACAGUCCAAUGGAUCGGGGACUUUUUUUAAGGACGGCACAGGAGUAGAUGUAUAGCCUAUGCAUACACAAUCCUGUGUUGCAGGGAUCUCCUUCUACAUUGCCACAGCUGUUAGUCUUCAGUUUCCAAUUGUCUAGGAGGGGUUAGUUUUAUAUUCUGCUUGUAUUACUGUCCCUUUGUGGUGAACCAUGUGUACUACAGCUGUCCUGUGUGUCCUAUUGGAAAUGAGACUUGUGUCAUUCCUGAGGUUGAGGAUGUAAUCAUGUGAGCAAGUAUAAUGCUUUUAAGCACUUUUUAUUAUUUCAGUGACAAGCUAUACAUAACUGUACAGUAUAUACUUUGCAUAUUUUUUUGCAGAUCAUUUUGUAAAGGAUAGAGUAUAUUUGCAAAAAAUGUUAGUGCCUUUUUGUAUUUCUGUUCUCUUGUGGUUAUCAGAAUGAUCCUGUAGAGUUAUCCUGUAGCAGACCCAGUGGACCAGAGACAGGUGUAUAGUGAAGAAAUGAAACAUAAACAGCUUGUAGUAAGAUCUAAACAUACAGUAACGCGUUGCCUAACUGAUGAUCCAUAAUGGACAUUUUUGUUGCUCUUCCUCUUUGGGUCUCCAUUUGUAAAUGUUAGUUUUACAGUGUAGCUCUACUUUGUACCUCAAGAGUCAUGACCCUAUCCCAGAGUGGGCCAUAAACCUAACUCGGGAUGGGUCGUGAUCUAUAUGAUUCAUCUCGAUCUCUGUAAUAAGAGGCUUACAAGGUCCCCACUGUUUUCCAAACAGAGCUCAUUUCCUCUAUUUUUCCAUAACUUAUAAGGGUAAACUUGGUCCUGAUCUAUCCGGUACGCUUCUAUUUGUCACUACCAUAUGUACAUAUAUUUUUUUGUAUUUAUGUUCCAUUUGAGGACAUAAAGAUGUCCCUUCUGCUUUUAAUAAAAUAUUGAUUCCAAUGUUU